CGCUUGCCAUCGUUUUAAGGAAAGGGUGCUCCCGAACGGCUCGGGCCGCGGCGACGCUACAUCGUGUGGAUCGAUUCGCGGGGAUGGGCGGUUCGGGUUUAGAUUGUGGGAUUUGUCGAGGACGACCUGCAAUAUUGAUCAGACUCUUAGACGUUGGGAAUGAGCGUCAAAAAUUGCGGUUAUUGCGACACUCACCAUCAAUGUCAGAAGACCAGGAGAAAGAUGACGAUCCCAGCCCGUCGACCACCCAAGGCAGCGAAACCUUGCACACCCCUGACCUCAAUCAAAAGAUAGAAGGGCACGCAACGUCAGCAAUGAGCAAUAUGGUUACCGAUCCUUGGUUUCUUCCUGGCGGAAAGAAUUCUUGCUCUGACCGUUCGUGGUCUUAUGAUCGCAUGUAUGGCUGCAUCUGUGUCGAACGCGAACGGCCGGCGGAUUCGAGAUGUCACCCACGCAUAGACUCCUUCGCUGCUGAAGUCGUGCGUAAUGAAACUCCUGAGUUUGCAGUCUUCUUUCUCUUCCUGGACUUCCUUGGACUAUUCUUCCAUCCUCCUGGUCGUCGACCUCAGAUUUUUCUGUGUCCAAUGCCUCCAAUGAAUGUCAAGGUAUGUAUUGCCUAG